AUGGAGACCUCACCGCAACACUCGCGAUCUGCCUCUUCCGCCUCGCGCCGGUCAAACCGUUCAAACCUCUCUCUCGACCUCUCCAGCCUUCCACCUAUGACACCGCCUACGCCUCCCUCAAACACUCUACUCUUCACCAACCUCACCGACCAGGAUAUCUUCCUCCCCGAGAACCUCGAUGUCAUCCGCGACCUCAUCACCCACACGGCUCCUAUCCAUGCCUUCGCACCGCUGAAGUCUUUCCGCCGCAUCGUCGUCUCUUUCUUUGACGAGGAGGCAGCCAUCGCCGUCCGCCAGAUUUGGGAUAACGAGGCUAUCAUGGGCCAGCAGUGCCGUGUCUACUUUGGCAUGCCUACUCCAGUCGACAAGCGAGACGAGCAUCUCGCUCUUCCUGACGCUGGCAAGCUCUUCUUCAUUUCGCCCCCACCUAGCCCUCCCCACGGCUGGGAAAUGCGUCUCGAAGAUGCGCCCAACAAGCUGGUCCACGCUGAAGACCUUGCUGAUGCGCUUGCUAAGCUGCACCACCGCCCCGGACCUAUGGACGAGGACGAGAACUCGCCGGUGACUCCUCUCGACUCCGCCCUCCCAGGCCGUACACGCUCUCGAUCCUCUACUCUGAUUUACAAGCCUGAGGAGAAGAGCAGCAUGCCCGCUGUCAUUGUCGAUGACAUGACAGAUGAGCCUAUCGAGUACAGCCCCGUGGAGCAGUCCAAGCCCAUCCUGGCGCACACUGCCCGACCUCCCGUUGAGCUGAUGCACGAUGCUUAA